UUAACAUAUAUAAAACAAUAUUAAAAAAUCAAAUUUUAUAAUAUUUUUUAACAAAAUGUACAUGUAAAAUAUUUUCCGAAUAAUUUCAAAUACGUUGAGCAGCAUUCGAUCAACACGUGGCGUAAAGUUUGAAUUACUACGUCAUUUGUGCAGAAUAAGAAAUGUCAUCUUACGAUUUAUUAAAUACCUCAAUGACUAUAUCGUGUAUUUACUUCGAUAUCUCAAAGUAAUAAAGAAUAAUUACUUCAAGAGUAAAAAAUAUAUUAUAUAUGAAAAACGAAAUUUAUAAUUCAUUUUUUCAAUUAAAACUUGUUCGUUGCCACUCUAUUAAAGAGAUUUAUUUUUUAAACGAAACAAUGUUGUGUGGAAAUUCGGAACAAGUAGAAAACAACAGCGUAAUAGUUUCACAGAUUACGAAUCCUCAUACACCACAAGAUUUCACGGUCUCACGCUUAUUAUCGACGCCAACUAACUCCUUAGAAUGUAAUGAAACUUCUACGGCACCUGCAUGUAGAAGACCCAGAAGAAGUAGAACAACAUUCUCGGCAGAACAAUUAGCCGCUUUGGAAAGGGUGUUUGAAAGGACGCAUUAUCCAGACGCUUUUGUUCGAGAAGAACUUGCAACACGUGUCUCUUUAUCGGAAGCCAGAGUACAGGUAUGGUUUCAAAAUAGACGCGCCAAGUUUCGUCGGAAUGAAAGAAGUUCUGCUAUUAAUCGAGGUGUCUCUACCAACAGAGAAGUAGAAACUACUUUACCUUUAAGACCUAUCAGAAUAACGCAUACACAGGAAAAUAAUUCGGAGAUUUUGCAAACUCCUCAAGUGACGCAAUAUCCCUAUAGCGAGUAUUGGAGAUCGUCGCAGCAUUACACCUCUAUGCAAACAUCUACCUGCCAUGGAUUUAUAAAUAGUAAUUUAGGAAAUGUUAAUCUUCCUUCGUAUCAUCAGGCAGAAAUUCACGGAGGAUCCACGAUGAGCAAUUUAAAUGCAUUACGAUUCAGGACGCAUCCAUACGGAACUUCAUAUUCUCCCAUGCACGCAAGCAUGUAAUCUCUCUCUCUCUUUCUCU